AUUAAUUUUGUAAAAUAAAAAGAAAAUAUAAAAUAUGGGUGAAAACGAGGAUGUAAUUAAAGCUGGAAAUUAUGUGAUAGUGAAAAAACAAAAGUACACCAAAGUAUAUAAGGUGUCAUUAAAUGGAAUAUUAAUGUUAGGAAAGGAUGAAGUAGAUAUGCAAGGAAUAAUUGGUAAACCUUAUUGGACAACUUUUGAAAUGGUCCCAUCGAAAAAUAAUAAAAGAUCUUAUACAUUGAAGACUAUAAAAGAGGCAGAAUCUUGGAAUGAUUUAAAGAACACCGUAUCGAGUGGUUUAGACAAUCGUUGUAUCAUCAAUGAUGGUAAUUCUCAAAAAUUGUCGAAAGAAGAAAUUUUGCAACUUCAAGAAUCUGGAAAGUCUGGGAAGGAGAUAGUUGGUACUCUUAUAGAAAAUAGUAAAUCUUUCUCUGUGAAAACAGAAUACUCUCAAGAAAAAUAUAUAAAGAAGAAAGAACAAAAAUACUUUCGUUAUUUAAUAGUAUGUAAACCUACUAUAGUAUCAUUACACGAAGUAUACUUUAGACAAGAUCAUACACGUGUAGGAGGAUUAAGAAUGGAUGCUCUUUCUCAAUUGUUAUCAUAUAGCGAUGUUCAAUCGGAUGGUUUAUAUUUAUUAUAUGACAGUGGUUCACAAGGAUUACCUGGAGCUGCCAUAUUGCAUAGAAUUGGUGCAAAUACUACAGGAUUAUUAAUAAAUAUGCAUCCUGGAAAUAUACCUCAGUUAGCUAUUAUUCAAGCUAUGAAUUUUCCUAAGGAACAGAUUGAAAGACACAUAACAGUUAAUAUUUAUAGCUUUUUAAGAUUACAUUAUCAAGGGGAAUCAUCAUUAUUAAGUGAUAUAUCUCUUUGUAGAACAGUAUCUACUCCUACUACUUCUCAAUCUGAAAAUAAUGAAAUAUCAUUAAAUAGUAAUAACGAUUGUGAACAAGAAACUAAAGUAGAAGAUAACACAGAAGUAUCAAAAAUUGGUCAAGCUAUAGAUAUUGAUAAGACUGAAACUACAAGCAAUGGAAUGCUCAAUAUAAAUACAAUUGAAGUGGAUCCAAAAAAUUUAAUUUUGCAAAAUGUUAAUGAUAAAAAUGAAUCUAAACUUAUGAGUGAUGUAAGUGAAGAAGAAAAAGUAGAAACAAGAAAAACUUUAAAACGCAAAUUAGAUGAUCUCAUUGAAACAGAACCUAUUAAAAAACCAAAAUGGUUAAUAGAAACGCAAUAUGCAUUGGAUCUUUUGAAAGGUUCUAAAGCUCGAGGUUUAAUUAUUGUGGCCAAAGAACAUCCUUUAAACAUCAUCAAAUCUUUGUUGCCUUUUCUUGGUGCAUCUAGACCAUUUGUAAUUUUUCAUGCUUAUAGAGAACCAUUACAGGAAACGUACAUAGCUCUUAAACAAACACAGAAUGUAGUGAAUUUAAGACUGUUUUCAAAUUUCUUACGUUCAUAUCAGAUAUUACCAGAUAGGACACAUCCAGAUAUUUUAACGAGCGAUACAGGUGGUUAUAUUUUAACAGGAUAUUUAGUCGAAUAAUGAUAUUAAUUAGACAAUAAUUUAAUUUCUAUAUAAAAAUAAGAAAAUCCAUAUACAUA